CAGCCGUAUGCUAGCAGAUACUGACUGUAUGCUAGCAGAUACUGUUGUUACAAGAAUUCAUGAACUGCAAUAGCAGCAUAGGUUUUAAAACUUUAAUAGAGACUUAAUCAUGUCUCAGGUGGAGAAGAAGGCAGGGCUGCUGAGGAGGACGUCAUCCUCUAAAAAGCCCUUGAAAGAGAAGGUGGUCCUCAUGUAUGAUGAGAUUUUUGCAAAAGAAGACCCAGCAAAAAAUAACCCUCGUUUCUGGGAUGAGCUGUUUCUUAUGAAGGUGAACCUAGAGUACCUGGAGUCAAAGUUGGAGAGUGUGGAUGGGGAGGACGUCCAGCGCAUUCAAGACAACAUCAACUCUCUGUUUCACCACUGCGUUCAGGCUCUGGGAGAGGAGCACCAGAUCAAAGUGGUCAAUGCCCUGCAGACUCUCUGUGCACUUUUCCGAGGGGUCCACCAGAAGAACAAGUCGGCGUCCGGGUUUGAUAUUAUCAACAUGCUCAUGGGGUUUGAUAAGGCUGAGCAAAGGAUGAAGGACCUGAUGGAGAGACUGGACAGCCUUCUCUGUGGAGACAGCUCAGAGAGUCUCAAGAGCCUUUGCCUCAAACUGUUGCUGUGUUUGGUGACGGUAACAGACAAUAUUAGCCAGAACACUAUACUAGAAUAUGUGAUGAUCAAUAGCAUCUUUGAAGCCAUUCUUCAGAUUCUGUCAGAUGCAUCCAGCAGAGGGCAGCAUGGUUAUGAUGCUGUGGUGCUUCUGGCUCUCCUGGUGAACUAUAGAAAAUAUGAGUCUGUGAAUCCAUACAUUGUAAAGCUCUCCAUUGUGGAUGAUGAACCAACACUAGAUGGAAUGGGUAUGGUUGUCCACCAAGCUCUGACAGAAUAUAACAGGCAGUACAAAGACAAAGAGGAGGAGAACCAGGGUGGCUUCUUUUCUACCCUCACUAGUAUGGUGGGCAGCAUGUUUAUAGCAGAUGCUGAUGAGAAGCUCUCCGUACAGACAAAUGAGGCGAUUCUGCUGGCACUCUAUGAGGCUGUGCAUCUCAACCGCAACUUCAUCACUGUCUUGGCACAGAGCCAUCCCGAGAUCGACAUUGCCGCCACACCUACCACCACUACUCCAACCACCCCUACGACGCCACUUGGCACAACGCCGCCCUCCCUUGACAUGAUGAGCAACCCAGAACUGCCUCUGGAUCCCAACCUGCAGACCAGCAACCUUCUCAUCACCUUCCUCAAGUAUGCUUCCAUUGUAAUGCAGGAUACAAAAGAUGAGCACCGACUCAACAGCGCCAGACUGUGCCUGAUUAUUCUCACCUGCAUAGCCGAGGACCAGUAUGCUGAUGCCUUUCUUCAUGAUGACAAUAUGAACUUCAGAGUCAGUCUCCAUCGAAUGCCUAUGAGGCACAGGAAAAAAGCAGUGGACAAGAACAUCCCGUCACGGCCGCUGGUGUGUGCUGUUCUAGAUCUGAUGGUGGAGUUUAUUGUUACUCACAUGAUGAAGGAUUUCCCCAUGGAUUUAUACCUGCGCUGUGUGCAGAUCAUCCACAAACUCCUUUGUUACCAAAAGAAAUGUAGAAUCAGAUUACACUACACCUGGAGAGAGCUUUGGUCAGCUCUCAUCAACCUGCUGAAGUUCCUGCUGUCAAAUGAGACCACACUGCUGGCCAAGCACAACAUCUUUCAUCUGGCCUUGCUGGUAGUAAACCUGUUCAACAUGUUCAUAACUUACGGCGAUACAUUCCUGCCCACCUCCAACAGCUACGACGAGCUGUACUACGAAAUCGUACGAAUGCAUCAGGUCUUCGACAACCUCUACUGCAUGGUUUUGAGAGUUUCAACUAACACAGGCCAGUGGAAGGAGGCAGCCAGUAAAGUCACACAUGCCCUUGUCAAUGUUCGGGCCAUAAUCAACCACUUCAACCCCAAGAUUGAGUCAUACGCUGCAGUGAACCACAUCUCUCAGCUGUCAGAAGAUCAGGUGUUGGAGGUGGUACGGUCCAACUAUGACACACUGACCCUCAAACUGCAGGAUGGCCUGGACCAGUUUGAGAGAUACUCUGAGCAGCCCAAAGAGGCUGCUUUCUUCAAGGAGCUGGUGCGCUCCAUCAGCCUGAAUGUGAGGAAGAACGUCUCCCUGAACACGCUGAGUCAGGACGUCCUGCUCAAAGAGUUCUCCACCAUCUCCUGAGAAACACCCACACUCCCUUCAACACGGAUGUGUAAAUAUAGUUUAACACAUGCAACAGAAACGAUAACAAUCCUGGAUGGUUCUUUCCAUAAAUCAUUUCUCAUCUUCAGUGUCCUGUGAACUGGAUCGGGGGAUCCUGCAGAGACACUUAAAGGCUGGAUGCACCUUAAGGACAGGCCUGAAAACUCUCCAGACUUUGCUCCUUGUGCUUGUUCAUGUUCGUGCUGAUUUGAAGAAGUGCCCAUAUUGCACUGGUCCCUCAUGUGCAAUCAGCAGUAUUGGCUGGACUGUUAACUGACACUUAAAAGUUUUGAUUAUGGUAGUAAAACAAAGUAUUUCAGUCCUCUGGUGUCUAAUCACAUUUUCUGAAUCGUCUGUUUAGCAGUUUGUCCUUCACGACAUUAGUGAUGGUGAUGCUGAGCCGUUUUGACUUUGGUGAAUCUUACUGUACUCUUGAAUUAGAGCAUUAGCCUUUUCUUUUCCGAUCAGUGCUCGUUGCACGAGUAUUAAAUUCAUUCUCUACAUGUUCAAGAUUCAAUUUGAGUAUUUUUAUGUACUUACUUGCUGAGGGGAUAGAGCAAGCUGAGGAUGCUUUGAAGUGACGGAAAGCUUUUUAUUUUUGUUUUUGAUGAGAGCCAAUACUAACACUCACUACUGUUACUCACGUCUCCAUUAUUUUAACAAAUGACCUGAAUGUGUUUGACGUGAGCUGCUAUCAUUUAGAAGAAAAACUGUUUAUUAAUGAAACAAAAUGAGCUGUAAUGUCAUCAUGGCUGUUGUGUCUCUGGCACACACAAGGUCUUUAGUGAGAAUAGACUCAUGCGUAUGCGCUCUUGAACUCACUUUUCUUCUUUCAGAACAGUUGAACUUAUAUUUUUGAAAGUUGAUCUGAAUUAUGCAAUUUCUUUACCUGAAGGGUCUUCUUUCUUUCCUUCACCUCUAACCUCUGUUGGUAUAUUUAUGUUUCUUUUAUAAAUAAAGAUUGGUUUCCUACUAUAUCAGUGAUUCAUCUUGACUGUUUUCACACAUCGUUGAGGAUCUGUGACGUUGGUCGCAUUGCCGAAGUGCCACAAUCUACGAAUAUGAUCUGUUUUUAUAAAUGUUUUUGUCUUGGCUCGUGUCUUUACUCAAUGUUCACUGUCGAGCACGUAUGAACUGUGAGUUCUUAAUUAAAGGGACAUGUUCUCACUUCAUGUCACUGCUGACUUACAGUGAAUUAAGUUAUUUUGACUUUUAUCUGAUUAAAGCUCUUCUAAGACCUGACUAUACAGACACUGUGCUU